AUGGAUGAUGAUGACAAAGACGACCUCUGGGGCAGAACCCGCGAGGGAAUUGAUCUGGUGGGUCAAUUUUUAGGCUCGGACUUUUCAGACGGAGUGGACUCCGGACUCCGCAGGCGUCUUGAAGACGUGGUAGAUAAAUGCAAAGCUCUCCUCGGUCAAAUUGCAGAGGAAUCCGAUGCAGACUGGGCUGCGAGAGUUCAGGACAGGGAAAGCCUUCUUGACUUUGCAGGAAACGACGUUACCUCGGCAAUGCAGAAGUUCGCCGAAGAGCCUCCUCAUGAUGCAGAUAGUCCUUCUGUUGGCGCUCUCAAAAGAGGGCGCGACGCAGCUGAGGCAGCAAAAGAAGAGAGGCUCGAUUUUGGCAAGCUGACCGCUCCGUGGCUGGAAACGCCUGAACUAGAUGGGGCGCUGGGACGCCUCUCAGAUAAAAUUAGAAGAUUGGAGCAACGUUUGUCAGAUGCAGCGGGCACAUGCGGCUAUUCGUGGGGCACCUAUCUGGAUGGUUUGAAACAAAGCGCAUUGGGAGGAGGGGAAGAUGCAGAAGACGCCAAGCGGCGAAUCCCAGAUAGCGUGGAAAGGGGAAAGAAAGUUAGAGAUAUUCUCGAUUAUGUUACAG